AUGGUUAUGGCCUUAUCUUCUACUUCUUCUCUCUUUCUCAGCACCACUGAUUAUUCACCUCACAAACCCCUCCAUUCACCAUCAUCAUCAUCAACAUCUUCUUCUCACUUUCCAGUCAAACCUCUCAUCCACCACACUCACACCCUUCCCAUCUCUCUAAAAUGGAGAACAAAUGUUUCAUUCUUUACUUCUUUCUUAAAGAAACCCAAAGACGCAAGCACCAUUAAGGAAGAGCUUCUUGAAGCCAUUGCUUCGCUUGAUCGAGGAGCUGAUGCCACUCCUGAAGACCAACUAAGGGUUGAUCAGAUUGCACGCAAACUCGAAGCAGUUAAUCCAACAAAGCAACCACUCAAAUCUAGUUUACUUGAUGGAAAAUGGGAGCUUAUGUAUACUACCUCUCAGUCAAUCUUGCAAAUCAAGCGACCAAAGUUUUUGAGAUCAGUUACAAAUUAUCAAGCAAUCAAUGCGGAUACUCUCCGAGCCCAAAACAUGGAAUCUCGACCAUUCUUCAACCAGGUGACAGCAGAUUUAACACCUCUGAAUACAAGGAAAGUGGCUGUGAAGUUCGAUACCUUCAAAAUUGCAGGCUUCAUACCUGUCAAGGCUCCUGACACAGCUCGCGGCGAACUGGAAAUAACAUAUUUGGAUGAAGAACUUCGGGUAUCAAGAGGGGACAAAGGAAACUUGUUCAUCUUGAAAAUGGUGGAUCCAUCUUAUCGGAUUCCUGCAUGA